GCCCCCAGGCCCCGGAGUCCAAGAAGAGAUUUUGCUCGUCCUUGGGGCAGAGACUUUCAAACCAAACAGUCCAAUCGAUCGGGCAAUCCGGCCUGCUGUGUGUAUAUAUAGCCCCGUCUCUCCUACCCGCAUCGUCGCUCUGCUCGUUGCUUUGCUUUCCUCCACCUGUCUCCAUUGCCGGGAGCGAGGAGCGAUGGCGGAGGAGGUGGCGCGGGAGCUGCGUGCGAGCUUUGCGGCGGGGCGGACGCGGCCGGCGGAGUGGCGCGCGGCGCAGCUGCGGGCGCUCCUCAGGAUGACCGAGGAGAAGGAGGCCGACAUCUGCGACGCGCUGCACGCCGACCUCGCCAAACCACGCAUGGAGUCGUACCUCCACGAGAUAUCACUUGCAAAGUCCGCCUGCAAAUUCGCGCUCGAGGGGAUGAAGAACUGGGUGAAGCCUGAAAAGGUACCUGCUGCUAUAACUACAUUCCCAUCCACUGCGCAAAUCGUGUCGGAGCCCCUCGGUGUCGUGCUCGUCAUCUCGGCGUGGAACUACCCUUUCUUGCUCUCUAUCGACCCGGUCAUUGGAGCAAUCGCUGCUGGAAAUGCCGUUGUCCUGAAGCCAUCAGAAAUUGCUCCAGCCACCUCAUCAAUGUUCGCGAAGUUGCUACCUGAGUAUGUUGAUAACUCCUGUAUAAAAGUUGUGGAGGGAGGCAUUCCAGAAACAACCGCACUCUUGGAACAAAAAUGGGAUAAAAUCUUCUACACAGGUAAUGGAACUGUAGGACGCAUAAUAAUGGCGGCAGCUGCAAAGCAUCUAACACCAGUGACUUUGGAGCUAGGUGGAAAAUGCCCUGUUAUUGUUGAUUCUGACGUUGAUCUUGAUGUUGCUGUUAAGAGGAUUGCUGUUGGUAAAUGGGGAUGUAACAAUGGCCAAGCAUGUAUUGCUCCAGAUUACGUCAUAACGACGAAAUCAUUGGCUCCUGAGCUGGUGGACUCUUUCAAAAGAGUUCUGGAAAUGUUCUAUGGGAAGGAUCCUCUGCAAUCAGCAGACUUGUCUCGUAUAGUGAAUUCUAAGCAUUUUCAGAGAUUGACAAAUUUGAUAGAAGAUAAGAAAGUUGCUGACAAGAUUGUGUAUGGUGGCCAGACUGAUGAGAAGCAAUUAAAAAUUGCUCCUACAGUAUUGUUUGAUGUUCCUCUUGAUACAGCACUUAUGACAGAGGAAAUAUUCGGCCCCUACCUUCCCAUUGUGACGGUUGAAAAUAUCAAAGAAAGCAUCGAUUUCAUCAACUCCAAGACUAAGCCACUUGCGACCUAUCUUUUCACCAAGAACAAGAAGCUGCAAGACGAGUUUGUGGCAAACGUCCCUGCAGGAGGAAUGCUCGUAAACGAUGUCGCGCUACAUCUCGCCAACCCGCAUUUGCCGUUCGGCGGAGUCGGCGACAGUGGGAUGGGCUCCUACCACGGCAAAUUCAGCUUCGACUGCUUCAGCCACAAGAAGUCGGUCCUGAUCCGCGGCUUCGGCGGUGAGGCAACGGCCAGGUACCCGCCGUACACGCAGGAGAAGCAGAAGAUCCUGAGGGGCCUGAUCAACGGCAGCUUCAUCGCCCUGGUCCUUGCUCUCCUUGGGUUCCCAAGGGAGAGGAGUUAGUCUCUUCAGUUCGGUACAGUCUUUGUUCACUGGGUGCAGAGUAUACUACAUUGCUGUCAGAUGCAAGACGUUUCAGUGCAAGGCGUGUGUUACAAGAGUGUAUAAUGCAUGUAUUGUCGGAUUCUCGAACGUGAGUUAUUAAACUUUACAUAAGGUUGAGUUACAUAAACAAGUAUCAUCAGUCAGUUACCGAAAAGUGAUUUUGGUAAAAAAAAAAAAACGUAGGUCUAG